UCAUUGUGAUGGAGAAAUUAAGAGAGAAUCCCUCUCAUUCAUACUUUUUUAUUCAUAACUUAACUAUCAAAGACUAGACAAAUUCUUGAUCUGAAUGUUUGCAUUCGACCGCAUCUGUAUGUUGCCCCCCAAUUGAAAUCUCCGACAAUGUUACUAUUACAUUGUUUCGAUCAAUUCUAUGGGAUUCCCUUAGAAUAGAAUGCUUCUCCAACUUGCUUUUUUGUUUUCCAACAACAAAGAAUCAGUAAAUACUAAACUAGAAGGAAAAACCAUCGGAACAUGGUUGCUGUUGCCAGUUGUUGAACUUAAUCACUUCAUAUUUGGCCAUGGCAAUAUUCACCAACACGGUUCAACCAGAAUGCUUGCUUCUAUUCCCAAGAAUGCCCCGAAGAAUACUCCAAGUCCAAGCAGAGGAGCCUCCUUCAUCCUCUCUGGAUUUAAAUAUCUCCCCGACACACCACGAUGCUGGAAUGUUCUUAUUCCUCGGAGUGAUUGCAGUGAUCAUCAUGUUGCUGAUUCUCGUGUUUAUAUUUUGGAGGCGAGUUAAACGGCCAGCAAAGGAGAUGGAGAACACAGCCGUAGCAAGUAAACAGCAUGAGGUGAUGAAGAUGAUAGUCCCAAACAUACAACAGUCAGGACCAAUGGGGUUCUUUAGCGGAAACCUUAGGACAAUUAGCUACUUUGACUUCCGGACAUUAAGGAGAGCCACUACAAAUUUCCAUCCUCGAAAUCUUCUUGGAAGUGGUGGAUUUGGACCUGUCUAUCAGGGAAAGUUGGCAGAUGGAAGGCUUAUUGCAGUCAAGACAUUGUCUCUUGACAAGUCUCAACAACAAGGAGAAAAAGAAUUUCUGGCAGAAGUGAGAAUGAUCACCAGCAUCCAACACAAAAAUCUGGUUCGCCUUCUCGGAUGUUGCACAGAUGGCUCUCAAAGGAUACUUGUGUACGAAUACAUGAAGAAUAGAAGUUUGGACCUCAUAAUACAUGGGAAGAGUGAUCAAUUUUUGAAUUGGAGAACUAGAUUCCAAAUCAUUCUUGGAGUAGCACGGGGAUUGCAAUACCUCCACGAGGACUCGCAUUUAAGAAUUGUUCACAGAGACAUCAAAGCAAGCAACAUUCUUCUUGACGAGAAGUUUCAGCCGAGGAUUGGAGACUUUGGGCUAGCUAGGUUCUUCCCUGAAGACCAAGCUUACCUUAGCACUCAGUUCGCAGGAACAUUAGGCUAUACAGCUCCUGAGUAUGCUAUUAGAGGAGAAUUAUCCGAAAAGGCAGACAUCUAUAGUUUUGGAGUUCUUGUGCUUGAAAUCAUCAGCUGCAGGAAAAACACAGACCUUACUUUACCAUCAGAAAUGCAGUAUCUCCCUGAAUAUGCAUGGAAACUUUAUGAGAAGUCAAUGUUGAUGGAAAUAGUAGAUCCAAAGCUGCGAGAACAUGGAAUAGUGGAAAAGGAUGUCAUGCAAGCAUUCCACGUGGCCCUGUUAUGCCUUCAGCCACACGCGGACUUAAGACCUGCCAUGUCAGAUAUCGUGGCAAUGUUGACAUUCAAAGUUGAGAUGAUUUCAACACCAAUGAGGCCAGCAUUCCUUGAUCGAAGGCGCGUGAUGGAUGAUGAACACCACUCAUGGGAAGCCGUAUCAGAGGCUUUCACUACUGCAGUGGCAAGUGAUUCUGCAUCCCCACCUAAAGCUCCAAUACUCUAGAGCACAGCUGAUCCCGUCAAAUAAGGAACCAUUUCCUUAAAAGAAUGAACAACAUAAAAGUUCAAAGGUUAUGCAUUUCAUUUGCUUUAGAUGUGUGUAUAUAUUCGGAAAUGAAUCAUGUCAUGUUCAUCCCAAAUUUUGUGUCUUUCUCUUCCUUGGCAGAAAUUGAACAGUAGUUACAAAAAUUAUUAUA